AUGUCCUACAGUGUCCCUUACUCUCCUGCAUUGUCGAAAGCAAAUAGGCGCAAGAUGUCAACCACCUGGGACUGUUGGGUGAGGUCUCCGCAUCUUCGAGUUUCGUUUUGUGGUUCAGCGCAUCAUUCGAAGUGGUCCGUGUUGGUCGUAAAGCUUCCAGAACAAUUUGGAGUUCCCCGCCGCGUGUCAGGAAGCUUUUCGCACCACAAAACAGCUGUAAUGGGGGUUGACAUACCUACAAGCAUUCCCUCCCAUACGCGAAUUUCCAGAUACAACUUCUCCCAUGUCAAUGUAAUCCUGCCAUUGUAG